AUGUGUGUGUCUGUGUUAUGUGUUUGACUCGUGUGAAGUUAUGCGGAACUCCUCCUCGUGUCCGUGUCGCUUCUUCCUAUUGACAGAAGCUUCUUGAAACAGAUUGACAGGAGAUCAAUGCGCAGGAUGGACGCAAAAGUGCGCAAGAGUUAACGCAAAGUGGAACGAUUAUGACAGUUUAUCACAUCUCUGCUGUUUUUCAGAGUUUAUGUGAAGCAGGCGUGGAUUUAUAUACUUUUUAAAAAGUCUUAUUGUUUUUGUGUUGUUUUUUAAAAACUUGUACCGCUCCGAGCAUGAAGUUUAACGGGUACCUGAAGCUGCGGAUCGGCGAGGCGGUGGACCUGAAGCCGACCACCUUCUCCCUCCGCCACAGCGUCAUCUUCCACAAAGCCCAGCCGGCCCUGGACCCCUACAUCGUGGUGAAGGUGGACGACUACAAGAUCGGACAGACCCACACCAAGCAGAAGAGCAACACGCCGACCUACAACGAGGAAUUCUGCCUCAACGUCAGCGACGGCCGGCGCAUCGAGCUGGCGGUGUUCCACGACACGCCGAUCGGAUACGACGACUUCGUGGCCAACUGCACCAUCCAGUUCGAGGACCUGAUCCAGACCUCCAACAGCGGGGAGACCUUCGAGGGAUGGAUGGACUUGGAGCCAGAGGGCAAAGUCUUUGUCCUCAUCACACUCACUGGAUCGUUCACUGACGACGAUGCCAUCGUGAAAGAGAGGGCCCACAAGCAGUUCACGAGGAAGCGUCAGGGGGCGGUGAAACGGAGGAUCCACCAGGUCAACGGGCACAAGUUCAUGUCCACGUUCCUCCGCCAGCCCACCUUCUGUUUUCACUGCAAAGAGUUCAUCUGGGGUGUGUUUGGGAAGCAGGGCUACCAGUGUCAGGUGUGUACCUGUGUGGUUCACAAACGAUGCCACCAGCAGGUCGUGACGGUGUGUCCGCGCAUGAAGAGCCCGGCAAAAGAGAAGCCCGUAACCCAAGGCUUCAGCAUCAACCUCCCUCACAUGUUCAAGAUCCACAACUACAAGUCGCCCACUUUCUGUGACCACUGUGGCUCCCUGCUCUGGGGAAUCGUGAGGCAGGGGCUGCAAUGUAAAAUCUGUAAAAUGAACGUUCACAUCCGCUGCAAAGGCAACGUGGCGCCGAACUGUGGGGUCAACAGUGUGGAACUGGCCAAUAAGCUUGCAGAGAUGGGUCUGCAGGCGGGAGGACUCGCUAAACAAGACACAUUGUAUAAAAGUGCGGGGCAGUCGAGGGAGCCCUCUGACAGGAGGGAAAGUACAGAAUCUCAGUCGCAGACGCCUCGACUCGGCAUUACAGACUUCACGUUCCUUCAAGUGCUGGGCAAGGGCAGCUUUGGAAAGGUGAUGCUGGCGAGGCUUGACUCCAACGAGCGAGUUUUUGCUGUGAAGGUGUUGAAGAAGGACAUCAUUUUGCAGGACGAUGAUGUGGAGUGCACUAUGACGGAGAAGAGGGUGCUGUCACUGGCUCGCUGUCACCCCUACCUCACCCAGCUGUACUGCUGCUUCCAGACACGGGACCGACUCUUCUUCGUGAUGGAGUUUGUGAAUGGCGGCGAUUUAAUGUUUCACAUCCAGAAGUCCAGGAAGUUUGAAGAGCCCAGAGCACGUUUCUACACGGCAGAGAUCACAUCUGCUCUCAUGUUCCUGCACGGCAAAGGCAUCAUCUACAGGGAUCUGAAAUUGGACAACGUUCUCCUUGACAAAGACGGACACUGCAAACUGGCAGAUUUCGGCAUGUGCAAAGAAGGCAUAUUUGAAGGUGUGGCUACGGGAACGUUCUGCGGGACCCCGGAUUACAUCGCCCCAGAGAUCCUGCAGGAGAUGCUGUAUGGCCCCUCUGUCGAUUGGUGGGCUCUGGGGGUGCUACUGUACGAGAUGCUGUCGGGACACGCCCCCUUCGAGGCGGAAAACGAAGACGACCUCUUCGAAUCCAUCCUCAAUGAAGAGAUCGUUUAUGCGUCUUGGCUCGGCGCAGAAGCGGUGAACAUCCUGAAAGCUUUCUUGACCAAAAACCCCACCUGGCGUCUGGGCUGUGUGGCCUCGGAGGGCGGGGAGAGCGCUGUGACCAGCCACGCCUUCUUCGCCGACAUCGAUUGGGAGAAACUGGAACAUAGACAACUAGAGCCACCUUUCAAGCCCAGGAUCAAAACGGCAGAGGACGUCAACAACUUUGACCCUGAUUUCACUCAGGAAGAACCCACGCUCACACCCAUGGACGACCCUCUGAUCCCCCACAUCAACCAGGAGGAGUUUCGAGACUUCUCCUUCACCUCGCCUGAACUGCUGGAGAACUAGAAGUCUCCUCAUUGAUCCACCAGUCGCCUCACUGUCGUCAGUGUUUGUGGCUUUGUCUUAAGACAGUUCCCAGGUGUGUGUAUAGUAUGAAUGACGCUGACACGUUCACCAGAGGAUGCAAAGGACGGAGCAAAGCACUCCUGUACUUCAUGAAAGAUUCACUGGGACACAUUCAUGCAGUCGUCAGUGCAGGAACGUUGUAUUUGAAAUGUUGUAAAUUUGUUCGACAAAGUUGUAUUGUACAGAAUCUUUUUUUUUUUUAUAUUUGCUCUCACACAGAUUGUGAGUCUGAUUCCUGCUACUUGAAAUGAAAAAAGCAACUUUUGGAACGCAA